AUGCACCCUUUCCAGUGGUGUAACGGGUGCUUCUGCGGUUUGGGAUUAAUCUACUCCAACAAAACCUGCACCAUGCCGCCCGUCACGUUCCAGGAUCUUCCCCUGAACAUUUACAUGGUCAUCUUCGGCACGGGCAUCUUCGUCUUCAUCCUCAGCCUCAUCUUCUGCUGCUACUUCAUAAGUAAACUCAGACACCAAGCACAGAGUGAGAGAUUUGGGUAUAAAGAGGUCAUCUUAAAAGGAGACCCUAAAAAAUUAAAUCUUCACGGGCAGACAUGUGCUGUGUGUCUUGAGGACUUCAAGGUGAAAGAUGAACUGGGAGUGUUGCCAUGUCAACAUGCCUUUCACAGGAAGUGUCUGGUGAAGUGGCUAGAGGUUCGCUGUGUCUGUCCCAUGUGUAAUAAGCCGAUCUCCGGACCCUCGGACCAGCGACAGAGCAUCGGGACUCUGCUGGAUGAGCUCGUGUAA